GCGACUGACCGUGUUCAGACGGGUUUCUUCGUUGCCUUGGUAUCGGAAUACCACCAUCGUUUAGAAAGAUUGCUACAUUUUAACAUUACCACUAAAUGUCAUGGGCAUAAUCGAUGUCAUGAUGAUAAUACGGAAUAAAAAAUAACUUAGAUUCUACCUCCAAUUUAAAAGUUUGUUGAGCUAAAAAGUGAGAGAGAAUGUGCCCGACCUAAAGAUCGAGAAGUACCCUCGCAUUGGCUUUCCGGCUACGGCCCGCAGAGCCGGGAGAAGGCCUGACAUAUGGGGGUCGGCUGCUCUUUUAACGCAGGAAUUGUGCGGCAGAAUUUAUUGUCGGAUGAGGAUCAAGUUCUGCGCUGGAGGGGACAUGAAUUGUACAGGGGUGCUGAUUCUUCAAAUCCAUCUCUUGGUAGCGUCAGUCCAACUCGUCAGCGUCUGACCGAUGAAAUCCAGGCUCUCUACACUUGUAACCAAUUAGAGGUGCUAACAAUAAUCCAUUUCAACGAUGUAUACAACAUUGAAGCUGGAGAUGGGGCGUGUGGAGGAGCAGCUAGGUUUGCUACGGUGGUUAAGGCUUAUACAGACCGCAACCCUCUUGUACUCUUCAGUGGGGACUGUCUGAAUCCUUCAAUCUUGAGCACUUUUACCAAAGGGGAGCACAUGGUACCCAUCCUGAAUGCCUUGAGAGUCAAUACAGCUGUCUAUGGCAAUCAUGAUUUUGACUUUGGUGUUGACAAUCUAGAGGAUAUUGUCAAAGAAACUCAGUUUCCAUGGUUACUAAGCAAUGUCAUUGACGAUUUUACUGAUCAGAUGUUGGCUGAUGGUAUCGUGACAAGGCUCAUCACAUGGCAAAAUAAGAAGAUUGGUCUUAUAGGCCUUGUGGAGGAGGAGUGGCUUGUUACCUUGGCAACUGUAGACAGAGAAAAUGUCACCUAUCUGGAUUAUGUAGAGAGAGGGCAGAAGCUUGCUACAGAACUGAAAGAGCAGGGUGCUGACUUUGUCAUAGCUCUGACACACAUGCGAUUACCCAAUGACAUCAGAUUGGCAUCAGAAACUACAGCUAUUGAUCUCAUUCUUGCCGGCCAUGAUCAUGAUUACAGCGUCAAUCAGGUUAAUGGAACAUACAUAGUGAAGAGUGGAUCAGACUUCAAGAGUUUGUCCAUCAUCACUCUGCGGUUCACACCACAUGACAUCAAUAUCAACAUCAAGGAGGUGGUCAUCGACCAGGAAGUGACAGAGGAUGAGGAGAUGAAAAUGAUUGUGGACCGAUAUGGAGAUGUGAUGAAGAGGGAGAUGGAAGGAAAGCUAGGAGUGGUCGAGGUUGAUUUGGAUGCUAGGUUUGCUUCCAUCAGGACCCAGGAGACUAAUCUAGGUAACCUAGUGACUGACAUCAUGCUGUCUGUGCUGGAAGCCGAUGUAGCUCUUCUCAACUCAGGAACCUUCCGAUCUGACAGAAUACACCCUGCAGGAGAGUUCAAGAAGCGUGACCUGUUGACCCUUUUACCUCUCAUUGAUCCACUGAUGGUGCUUGAGGUUACAGGUGAUGAGUUGUACGAAGCCCUUGAGAAUGGUGUUAGUCAGUAUCCAAAGAAAGAGGGUCGUUUCCCCCAGGUCUCUGGUAUGAGGUAUGGCUUCUACCCCUCAGCUCCCUCUGGGCAGAGAGUUGAUCCUCUGACUGUGGUGGUGGAUGGCCAGUGUAUCUUGCCUGAUAAGAAAUACCGGUUAUGCACCAAGGAGUACAUUGCCAAUGGUAAAGACGGUUACAAGGUUUUCUGCAGUUGUCCUGUCCUUGUUGAUGCUGAAGAAGGACCUGUCCUGACAACGGUCGUUCUGAAUCACUUCCACUCAGCUGGGAUAGUCCAAGGUCUGAAGCCAUGCAGGUCCAGACAUCGACAGAGUCUGGUCAGCCUCAGUAGUAGGCCCAGCCUUGUGAAGUCAGCCAGCUUGGGUCAGGUGGAGCAGGCCAGAGCUCGCAUCGCCCCCAGGCUGGAGGGGAGGAUCACCCAGAUGGAUGAGGUGGGAGACUGGAAGGAGAUCCUAGCAGGACACAGGAAUCUCUUCCUCACUGGUUCCAGUGAAGAGGUGCAGGCAGAGUGGGAGAGACUGUGCAGGGUCGAAGAAGAGAGCAAUAAUGCAGAAGUCAUGCGCAAUGUGAUUUCUCACAACUCUGAACAUCCAGCCUUAUAUCCUCGAGUGAUCAUCACGGAUGCAUCGGCUGGAGAGGUGGACGAUGAGACCAUCAGCAAGGGAAGCACUGCCUCGGCCUCUAUGCUCUCCUUCAGCGCUGAGGAGGAGGAGGGGGCGUGGAGACCCUGCACAGCGCCGUCAGAAUGGAUGAUGUGGACACAGUAACAAAGCUCCUGGAGAUGCAAGAUAGAUCCUAUUCAUUCUCCGUCCAAGAUGCUACCCUCCUUCACUUAGCUGUCAAGCACAAUUCACUACAAACUGUCCGAUAUCUGCUCUAUCAUGCUAAUGUAGAUCCGAACAUUCAACAUGACAAAAGCAAGAGAAGUGCCCUAAUGGAAGCUGUCUGUGGGCGCAGCACCAUCAUUGUCAAGCUGCUUCUGGAUGCAGGGGCAGAUGUAACCUUAGAGGAUGAAACUGGACGGUCGGCCUUGGACAUGGCCAGAGAGAUGGACGAUGGACAGGCAAUGAGGAAGUUGAUUGAAGAGUACCUGGAGUCUAAGGAAAGACCAGAUGGAGAUGGGGAAGCACGCAUUUGAAAAAACAAAAGGAAAAACUGGGUGUUCAGUGUUGGACGUAGCCAGAGAAGUGGAUGAUGAUGUCCAGCAUAAACCAAAAACAGUCAGCCUUGGACAUUCCAGAGGGGUGGAAGAUGGAUAGAUUACGAGCAAGUCGAUUGAAGAAAUGUAGCUGUCUGUUAGAAAAGGCAAUGUAGAGAUGGAAAGGCUUGUGUUGAAAAAAGAAAAAGGGAAGAAAAAAAGCUGGAUACACAGGCUAUGGGUAAGGCCAUCACAAAAAUUUAGCAUUCUAGAGAAAUGGAAGGAGAUGGGGAAAUUCUCCAACAAUGAGGAAAAUCAUACUUUCAGCCUUUGACAUGGCCAGAGAGGUUGGUGAUGGACUGACGAUGAUGAAGUUUAUUGAUUGAAGAGCUCCUGGAGUCUAUGGAAAGACCAGAUGGAGAUGGGGAGGCUCACUUCUAAAAGAAAUUUUAAAAAAGAGGGAAACUGGGUGCCCAGUGUUGGGCAUAGCCAGAUAAAUAAAGGAUGUCCGUCAGCUUUUGACAUUUCCAGAGAAGUGGAUAAUGGAUAGGGUAUGAGCAAGUUCAUUGAAGAAUUCCAGUAGUUGAGAGAAAGGGAUAAAGACUAGGAAUCACUCAUUUAAAAAGGGAAUCAGAAGGGUCAUCCCCAUAUAUGGCCACUAUACAUGUUGAUUGAGGAAUUCUAGCAGCCUAGGGAAGUCCGGGUAGAGAUGACGAGGAUCUUGCCCCACAGAAUAAGCUGGAUGCCAGGAAUCAUCCUGUUUCUAAAUGUUAUAAACGAGUAAAGAGCUAUGAGCUAGGUGAUGGACAAAUUCCAGCAUUCAAAGAAAAAUAGCAAGAUGAAGAUGGGGAGGCUCAUCUCUGUAGGAGUGUCGUGGCUGAGUAGUUUAAGGCCCUUGACUGCUGAUGUGAAGGUCGAGGGUUCGAAUCCCGACACGGCACUAAUAUCAUUUGGCAAGAUAUUGGCCUCCACUUGCUACUCUCC